AUGGUGAUUGCUUACGAGACGAUGCGCCAAGCCCUGACCAAUGGUGCGGUGUUGUCCAUGCUCAACACCCCACGGCAUCUGGGCCGCACGCCCCUCAUGAUCGCCGUUUUUGCACCCAAUGUCGGAGCGGCAGAGGUGCUGUUGCAGCAUGGCGCGGACGCCACUUACGCAGGCACAGAUGGAUCGUGUGCACUGGAUCUGGCCGCACAGGUGGGCGGCAGCAGGGGCACGCAGCUUGUUCGCCGACUCCUGACUGCACGUGCUGACCCCAACGUAGGGGCGAUCGGGCCGUUGUUCUUGGCAGUGCAGGAGAACAGCGAGGCAGCGGUGAAAGAUUUGUUGGAAGCCAAAGCACGGCCCCAAGGGCUGAUGCGGGAGAGCACGACGACACCAACCGAGUGCGCGGCGCGAUUUGGGUUUCUCAGGGUACUGAAGCUGCUUCUAUCAGCAGAAGGGGCGCCAAGAGGUGCGGAUUUGAAAUCAGCCUUGACCUUGGCUCGCGAAGCUGGCCACCGUGAUGUCGAGCGUGUGCUUAUCAAGGCUGGCGCGGCGCCUGACCAGAAGCGGCCAGCAGAGGAAGCACUGGAUGACCAGUUGUUGCUUCCAUCCGGCUUCAUGCCUGGCAAGGCAGAAGGUGCAGCCUCUGACCAGAUCCAGGUGGAUGAGGUCGAGGCCUAUCGACUCCGCUUUCAGGGCAACAGCUACAUGACAGCGACGGCGGCCACGCCGGUGCGGAUGUGCGAGAUGCAUGACUCCUUCUACUAUGAGGUUUUGGUGGAGGCAGCCUUUGCCAUCAGUGUGCUAGAAGGAGAGCUUGACUUGCUGAUGGCCUUCGGCUACGCCCGGGAGCCCGAGACUCCUUUGGCAACUCUGCCCGGGUGGCUGGCAGGGACCUAUGGCCUACAUUCAGAUGACGGGCUGCUUCAGGCAAACACUGCAGAGACGCGGGUACUGCGCGGGUGGACCAUUAAGAAAGGCAGCACUGUCGGAAUGGGGGUAGAGUGGUCAGCGGAGGCGAAAGAGUACCAACUCUUCGUCACUCUUGACGGUCAGCGUCAGCCCCGGACUGUGCCUUUGGCGGACGACCAAACUGACGCCUUUGACCUGUACCCCAUUGUGGGUGCGGACCGCCCUGCUGUUCUUCGGGUCAACCUGGGCGACCGCCCGUUCAUGUACCAAGCCGACAGGGUGGCGCAUGCCCUGGAGAAGCGCAGAGCUGCCAAGCUCGAGGCAGCCAAGAAGUAUUUUGUUAGUGCGGCAGAAGCUAUCCGCAAGCACGCUGCAAGGUCGGAUCACAUUAUCCGUUUGCUUGCGAUGAACAAGCAAACAGAUCCAGCUCUGACAGGUGGAACGCAGAGGAAAGACAUUUUACCUCGAAUCAUCAAUGGAAUGAAGCACGACUUGCUUGUCGCCAUGGCCUUCACGGCCGAGCGGCGUCAGCCGGGGGAGUACGGGGACAUGCGGGGCAUCACUCAGGAUGAGGUCUCGAGACUCCAGAAGGCCAUGAAGCAGGAGGAGUUCCGAAAACACAUCGAUGAGUACACGCGAGAGGUCUCCGAUCCGGCACACCGGCAAGAGUACUUGGAUUACCUGGCACAGAUCGAGGCCAAGGGUGAGAUGCCAGAGGGCCAGCAGCUGCUGCGGUGUCAGCCUGGUCUCUGCGUCAAGACGAACAUCAACUUCAAGACGGGACAGAAGCAGAAAUGCUUUAUCAACAUCGUCCACACGGAUCGGCUGGAGGACCUCACCUUACUGCCAGCAGAGGGCGGAAGCGGUCAUCAGGUCCAUUUGCCCUACAGUCUGUCGCCUCCCCGACCGGAUCGAGACUUGAAGGAUGAGUACUGCAUGACCUGUGACUUCGCCGUGAGCACCGGCACCUUCCAGCGAGCAGCGCAGAGCUCGCAGCCAGCCACCCAGAGCUUUGCAGGGAUACUGAAGUUGCUGAUAGACACAGCUGCGGAUGGUUUGUCACAACAGCCCGGGUGCUGCAGUUUUCUCGUGGUGACAGACAGUGCAUGCAACAUUCAUCGUUCCGGAAGUGUUAGCGACUCGCGAAGACUGCUCCUGAGGUUUCUCAAAGGCCACGAGGAGGUCAGCAAGGACUACAAGGUCAUGCAGAGACUUCAGUGCAAGGGAGGGCAGCCCUUGCCUAUGUCCGUUCGGGCGGAGCUUCUGCGAGACAAGGGAGCAAAGUCGCAGGCGCCCAAGAAGAUUCCAGACCGUGAUGCCAUCACCCCUUCAGAGCUCAAAGAAAUGCGUCAGGCAGCAAAGAACCGGAAGAAGAUGUCCGGCGUUCCAGACGCCAAAGAAGACGAGGUUGAUGACUCGGCUGCCAGGGAGCGGAAGGCCAAGGAGCCCACACCGGGGCGGAUUCGGGUGCCGCAUCACCGGUUGGUGCACUCUGGGCACUUGGACCUCUCAGACUUCAUGGAAGUAAGUGGGAGGCCGAAUCCCAACACAGUCGCUUCUAUUCCGCGGCAUUUACGCCUUGUCGUGGAGCUGCCGACUGUGAAGAAGAGCAGCGACAUCAAAAUGGAAGUGACCAGCAACAACGUAGUGCUGGAGGUAGAUGGCAAGUUCUACCUGGACAUGCCACUUCCAUACGAGGUGCAAGAGUCCAAUGGCAGUGCCAAGUUUGACAAGGCGAAGCAGACCUUGACACUGGAAUUGCCCGUCAUCCCAAAGAUGCCGGACCCCGAGACCCUGGCAGCGGCCCAGCGUCUCCAAGGGUUGGGCGCGCUCAAUGGUGAGGAUGACGGCGGUGUUAGCGAUCAAGAGGAGGAGGAGCCCGAGCUUCCUCCGCUCGAGGAGCCCGGCGAUCCGCCACAGGAGAAACAGGCGCCAGAAGCAGAGAGUGCUGCUGCGGUGGCUGAAGUAGAGCCGACAGCGGUGGCUAGCAAAGCUCCUCAGGAGCCCAAAAGACCGCUGCUGGAGCUGGACGGCCCAGGCUCCCUGAAGUUUGCCACUGCGCCUGAGGCAGAGGAUCAAGUUGUGGACAUGAGCCAGGGCAUCGAGGAGCUCGAGGAGCCGCAAGCAGGCGAAGAGUUGCCUUCUUUCGAAGCCGCUGAGGCGUUCGGCGGGGCGAAAGCAGGCUACUUCUUUGGCACUGGGGACUCUGGCCUCGGCUACUACCGAGAUCUCCGCCAGAGGCGGCCAGAGCCUGCGCCGGCUCCACGCCCCAGCCAGGGGCCCCUGGUAGAGGAGGCUGCGCUGGUCCCAGAGCCAGCACCACGGGAAUUACCGACAUAUGCGCAGAGGCAUGUGGAGGAGACUAGCCUCCUGUCCACGCGCCUACCAGUUGCCGAUGCGGAAGUUGUCAACGAGGAGCCCCCAGUGAUCGCUCGGCUUGGGCGGCAGAAUUUGCUGUUGCGACUCGCGCUGCCAGAUGAGGAGCCUGAGGCUGCCGACCUCAGGCUGAGUCUGGUUGGGCGAAGGCUGACGUUGUCGUUCUGCUCAAGGAGGCCCCCCUCGGAGAGCGAAAGCCAAGGAGGCAGUUCCAGCUCCAGCUGGCGAAGGCGGCGAUUGCGGUGUGACCUGGGCGGGACCGUCGACUUGGCGCAGAGCUGCGCUGAAGUCGUCGAAGUAGGCGAUGUACUCUUCUCGCAGGGUCCCGGCGGUAGGCCGCCAAAGCGCGAGCUCCAGGUCAUUCUUCGCAGAGCUUCGAAAAACGAGGCCUGCGAGGCUGCUUUGAUUGCCGCACCAGCGAUGGCGGCGGAAGCUGCACGCGGGGAGGAGGCAGAGGCUCAGGCCUUGGGGCUGGCUGCACCGCCUGCAGGUCCGCCCGUGGCAUUGAGGCCUGAGGUGCCUGUCCCAGAGGUCUCUGAGGCCGCCGCGGAAGCCGUCGAGGCUCCUCCCGACUCUGCAGAGCUGGACGUGGCAGAGCCCACAGUGCAAGACUCGACGCAGGCGCCUGCGCCGAGUGCCCAAGCCACGGCUGGGGCUGUGCAGAGUGCCAUGGUCAUGGGCCAGUCUGACACUGAGCAAACUGAGAAAGG